UUCUGACAUUCCUUAUUUAAUUUCAUUUCUCCAAAAACUCUACAAGAAUUUAAGCUGCCAAAAACAUGGCGUAUUCUAAGCGCGUAUGAAUUUAUUAGUGCUCAUAUAUUUAGUGAAAUAAUUUGAAAAUAAAAUUCUAAAAAACAUAAAAUAUUUCUUAAAGUUUUAAUCAGUUAUUACUGUACCAGAAUCACCAAGAAGUAUUACGCGAACCUUAUCUAUUUUCGCCAUUAAUGAAAUUUCAAUAUUGAAGAAAUCCACAUCUACUCAAAAAAGCCUCUAUUUAAGAGAUGACUACUUCAGUGGCAGAACCACGUUAUGUUACAGAAAUACCAAGCAGUUUAAAACAAUUAGCACGUCUAGUUGUUCGAGGUUUUUAUUCAAUAGAAGAUGCAUUGAUAAUUGAUAUGCUUGUCAGAAAUCCAUGCAUGAAAGAGGAUGACAUAUGUGAAUUGUUAAAAUUUGAAAAGAAACAGCUUCGAUCACGAAUAUCAACAUUAAAAAAUGAUAAAUUUCUUCAAGUUAGAUUAAAAAUGGAAACAGGACCUGAUGGCAAAGCCCAAAAAGUCAAUUACUAUUUUAUAAAUUAUAAAACUUUUGUAAAUGUUGUUAAAUAUAAAUUGGAUUUAAUGAGAAAAAGAAUGGAAACAGAGGAACGUGAUGCAACAAGUAGAGCAAGCUUUAAAUGCCCUAAUUGUUGUAAAACAUUUACAGAUCUUGAGGCUGAUCAAUUAUUUGAUCCAACAACUCAAGAAUUUCGUUGCACAUAUUGCGGAAGUUCUGUUGAAGAGGAUAUGUCUGCCCUUCCAAAGAAAGAUUCAAGAUUACUAUUAGCCAAAUUUAAUGAACAAUUGCAACCACUUUAUGAUCUCUUACGUGAAGUUGAAGGUAUAAAAUUAGCACCAGAACUAUUAGAACCUGAACCAGUUGACUUAGAUACAAUAAGAGGUAUUGUUAAACCAAUUAAUAGACCAGAUGGUAUAACAUGGUCUGGGGAAGCAACAAGAAAUCAAGGUUUUGCUGUUGAAGAAACCCGUGUCGAUGUUAAUGUUAGUGGUGAAAAUGAUGCUACCGAUUCAACAAUUGCUAGAAAAGAUCGCCCAAUUUGGAUGACAGAAAGUACUGUUAUUACAAAUGAUGAUAGUGUUAGUUCAGAUUCAAUAUUAGAACAAGCUGCACAAACAGCUAUGCAAUCAAAUACAACAACGACAAUUAAUUCAAAUAAUAGAAGGAAAGAAAAUGAAGAUAUUAUGUCUGUUCUAUUACAACAUGAAAAACAAACAGGAAAAAAUAAUAAUUCAUUUAAAGGAUUAACAUCUCGAAAUAAUUCAAGUGAUAGUAGUGAUGAUGAAAAAGAUAUAGAAAAUACUGAAAUUCCAAAUGUUGAAUUUAUCAAUAAUUCCGAUUCUGAUGAUGAUAUACCAGUAGUUCAUGUAUCUGGAAAACCAUAUCCAAUUGAUGAAAUAGAUAAUGAAUUAAUAGCUCAAAUGACAAAACAAGAGAAAGAUAAUUACAUCCAAGUAUAUCAGGAGCAUUAUAGUCAUAUGUAUGAUUAAUUUUUAUGAAAAUUAAUUGAAUAAUGUUUAAAUAAACAAAAAAAAGCUUGUUAUAAAGUUAAAUUAUAAUACGUAAAUUCUAAUCUUUAUUUUGAUAAUGUAAUUUCAAUAAAUGAAAAAAAAAUUAAAAAUUU